UUGGUUACAUUUUGUUUGCUGUUUGAUCAUUGUUGUUAAAAUGUGGAAAUAUGGACAAAAUCAGAUGAACCAGGGGCCACCAGGUGGUGGUGGUGGAGGACCACCCAAUAUGAUGCCCAUGGGUGGAUUCAUGCAGGGCGGUGGUGGCAUGCAUAUGUCGCCGCAACAAAAUCAGAUGAACAUGAUGAAUCCCAAUGCCGGCCCUGUAGGCCCUGGUGGACCGCCUGGAAUGAUGCAGGGCAUGGGCAUGUCACCGCAACAUCAGCAACAAAUGCAGCAACAACAAAUGAUGCAAGGCGGUGUGGGCGUGCCAAUGGGUAAUAUGCCACCACAACAAGCAAUGCAGCAACAAAUGAUGGGAGCAAUAGGUCCACAGCAAGGAGUUGGUAUGGCUGGUCCAGGAGGACCGCCACAACAACAACAAGGAAAUAUGCCACAGCAACAACAACAACAGCAGCAGCAACAUAAUCCACAACAACUACAACAUAAUGCACCUAUCGGCGCAGCUGGCGCUGGAGGCGGUGGCAGCAAUAUGCUGGCUAUAUCGCAACCCAAUCCGCACAAGGAAAUCAACAUAGUGCAGCUAUCACGUUUGGGGCAGGAGACUGUGCAGGAUAUAGCCUCACGUUUUCAGGAGGUAUUCUCCGCGCUAAAGAACAUACAACCCACCUCACAUCGGGAUAACAAUACGGAGAAGAAAGUGCAGGAAUACUUUAGGACCAUACGACUGCUCUUUAAGCGUGUACGCAUCAUCUAUGAAAAGUGUAAUGAUGCGGGAAUGGACUACAUGAACGCCGAAACCUUAAUACCCUACAGAGAUGAGCCUGAUCCGCGCAUAGAGCCUUCACAGUGCGAUGAGUAUCGCAAGGUGUUGCAGGAGAAUCAGGAGUUAAUCGAAACAGUAAAACUGAAAAAUCGUCAGCUGCGUGAGAUUAUAGACAGAACACGCAUUAUAAUAUGGGAAAUAAAUACUAUGAUGGCAAUGCGUCGUUCUUAAAUUAAUCUAUUUCAAAUUUAUGCAAAUAAAACGUAAAUAAGCAACAAA